AUGGGUGCCGUUCUCUCCCCAGCUCUCCUCCUGGCCGUCAGAAUCAACAGCAAGGGCCGAGAGGUGCUGUACCUGGCCAAGGGCGACUCAGUGAAGCUGGGCUGCCCCUACGUCCUUGAACCCGAAGACCACGGUCCCCAGGGCGUGGGCAUCGAGUGGAUCCAGAUCACGCCCGAGCGGACCGGACCGGAGAACGUGUUCCUGUCCUACCACGACCACCACGUCAACUACGGGACCGGCUCAGGGCUGCAGGACCGAGUGGCCUUCGUGCAGAACGACCCCAGCCAGUACGAUGCCUCCAUCCGCCUGGCUGACCUGCAGGUCUCCGACACAGGCACCUACCAGUGCCGGGUGAAGAAAAACACUGUGGCCGUGCACGAGGUCAUCGUCACUGUGCAAGAGAAGCCAGCCACCCCGCAGUGUUGGACCGAGGGGGAGCUGGUAGAGGGGGGCAGCAUCCUACUGCGAUGCUACAGCCGGGGGGGCACCUCCCCACUCUCCUACCAGUGGGCCAAGCUGGCUGAUGGCUACGGCGGGGGACACCUGCCCUCCGGCACCAUCCAAGGACGUGCUCCUGGCGACCUGUUGAUCCGUAGCCUGUCGGAGGUGCACGCUGGCGUCUACCAGUGCCGCGUCACCAACCGCGUGGGCUACUCCGUGUGCCAGAUGAACCUCAGCCUUGCACCAAGAGGAAGGCAGGCAGGCAUCAUCGUGGGCUCCAUCCUGGGCUCCCUCCUGCUCCUUAGCCUGCUCGGGCUUCUCAUCUGGGCGCUGAUCUGCCGCUACCGCCGGAAAGAAUGCCAGCGAGCCUGCAGCGACUGCAGCCCGGGCGGCACCAUGACCCGCGCUUGCAACGUCUGCACCCACCACAGCUACUCACCCCACGGCAUCAGCUACAUGCAGUGCCAGCACGGUGACAGCGACGAGCGGGCGGCCGCCCUCAUGUGCAACGAGGGCAUCCGGCAUCAGGUUGCCUGCCCAGCGCUGUAA